UUAUCAUGUCUCUGCUGAUAAUGAUAUUGCUGAUAGUAUCAUUACAUUGACUUUAGAUUAUGAUGAUCUAAAUGAGAUUAAGAGUUUAACAUCACUAGCCACUGAUACAUCAAGUACUUUCUUAACAGCAAGAUCAAGUUUCUUUACGGAUACAAGCAGCAACAUGUUAGUAAAUGCGACUGGUCUACCUCCUUCAAGUUUUUCAGGUGAUGUCACUCUUCCAGUUCUUGUCUCCUUCAGUCUUGAUCUAAGAGCUAGUGGACAGCUGGCUCUUAAUUUCUCUGAGGCAGUUCGCUACACUGCCAGUCUCCAGAGCACCAUCAUGCUACAGAACAGAGUCACCAAUCCUACGGUAGUCCUCGGUCUUAAUUCAGGAGAGGCUGCAACAAAGACAAGGCUUGACGAGGUGACGAUAACCCUCUCCAGUUCUCACACGAAUCAACUACUAACUGAUCCUGAUAUAGCAGAGACUACUAGUGCCCUCUACAUAUCAAUGACUCCUGGAGGAAUAUAUGACUACAGCAAUGGACAGGGACAGACUAUAGCAUCACUCACUCAAAAAGCAACUUCUCUUUAUCGUACAUGUUUUGAUGCUAAUACGUACAACAAUGCUAGUCUUGGCACAUGUGAGACUUGUUCUCCAUCUUGUGUUGGAGGCUGCACUGGGUCAAGAACAAUAGCUGGUCCUGGUGGCUGUAGCCAGUGCAGUGUUAUUGAACUGGACACUAAUGGAGAUCAGGUCACUUGUCUUCCCACUGGUUCACAGUGCCCCAUUGAUUAUUACAGUGACACCAGUACAUCAUUCGUUGGACUCAGUUCAGGCGGUCAACUGUGUCGUCCGUGUCAUGAAACAUGUGCAACAUGUAACAAUGGAGGAGAGAACUCCUGCACUUCCUGUCAGUCGGCAUUCAUUGUCAAUAGUUUCGGUAGUUUAUCUCGAUGUGCAAUGUCCUGUGGCUCUAAUGUCACUGAUUGCUUCUACUGUCAUAUUGAGUGUAAUGGUUGCACUGGCUCUACUAAUCGUGACUGUGUGUCCUGUAAAGGUUUAAUGAGGACUAAUUCACAAGGUCAAAGGGUCUGUGCUCCUAGUUGCAAUUCUAAUCAAUACCUCUCAGAGAAGAAUGGAGAGUUCUUCUGCUUUGAUUGUCAUCCCCAGUGCUCCGGUUGCACAGGCCCUGCUAACACUCAGUGCAGUCACUGCAGGAAUGUCAACAAUACCUUUACUAGUGGCAGCUUUUUGUAG